UCAGGGAACAACCUCUCUUGAGCCUUCAGCAAGGGGAGAGAACUUUGUGGGGCCCUAGGGGAGGACCCAUCUGGGCCAAGCCCCAGCAGAGCUGCCCAGCCCAGUGGUCCCUCCUGGCACAGGGAAUGAAUAACAGGGAGCAGCAUUCUGUCCUGCGGCCAUGCUGGACACCCACAGCAGCUGAGGUGAAGGUGGUGCUGGUUUGGGGUGUGAUGACACUGUGCUUUGCUGUGCCAAGCAAGGAAGCUCUGAGCCUAUGUGGCAUUGCAGGUGCACAUUUCUGACGGGGAGCAUGGCCGUGUCCGCAGCAGGGACAACCAGCCCCCCCCGUGCCUGGCACCACACCAACCGCCUGAUUAAUGAGAAGUCCCCCUACCUCCUGCAGCAUGCUCACAACCCUGUGGAUUGGUACCCUUGGGGUCAGGAAGCCUUUGAUAAAGCAAAGGAAGAAAACAAGCUUAUAUUUCUGUCAGUUGGCUACUCCACCUGCCACUGGUGUCAUGUGAUGGAGGAGGAAUCCUUCAAGAACAAGGAGAUUGGGGAGAUUAUGAAUAAGAAUUUUGUAUGCAUUAAAGUGGAUCGUGAAGAGCGGCCAGAUGUGGACAAAGUGUACAUGACCUUCGUGCAGGCAACCAGUGGUGGAGGUGGCUGGCCAAUGAGUGUCUGGCUGACUCCAGACCUCAAGCCUUUUGCAGGGGGCACAUACUUCCCUCCCGAAGAUGGAGUUCAUCGCGUUGGCUUUCGGACUGUGCUGCUCCGAAUUGCAGAGCAGUGGAAGGAGAACAAAAAUGUCCUGUUGGAAUACAGCCAGAAGAUCCUGGAAGCAUUGCUACACAGAUCUGAGAUCCAUGUGCAAGGACAGGAUUCACCCCCCCCAUCCAAAGAAGUAAUGGCCACCUGUUUCCAACAGCUUUCCAGCUCCUAUGAUAAGGACUAUGGUGGCUUCUCCAAAUCCCCCAAGUUCCCCACCCCAGUGAAUUUGAAUUUCCUCUUCACAUACUGGGCCCUGCACCGAACAACCCCAGAAGGUGCCCAGGCUCUGGAGAUGGCUCUGCACACCCUCAAGAUGAUGGCCCAUGGAGGCAUCCAUGACCACAUUGGUCAGGGGUUUCACCGCUACUCCACUGACCAGCACUGGCAUGUCCCCCACUUUGAGAAGAUGCUCUAUGACCAGGGGCAGCUGGCAGCCACCUACAGCAGAGCGUUUCAGAUCUCUGGUGAUCAGUUCUUUGCUGAUGUUGCCCAGGACAUUCUGCUCUAUGUCUCGCGGGACCUGACUGACCAGGCAGGAGGUUUCUAUAGUGCAGAAGAUGCUGAUUCCUACCCGAUCAUCACAUCCAGUGAGAAACGAGAAGGAGCUUUCUGUGUGUGGGAAGCUGAGGAAAUCCGGACUCUCCUUCCUGACAUUGUUGAGGGGGCCACAGAGGGGACAACCUUGGGAGAUGUCUUCAUGCACCACUAUGGAGUGAAGGAGACUGGCAACGUGAACCCCAUGCAGGACCCCCAUCAGGAGCUGAAGGGCAAGAAUGUCCUUAUUGUCCAGUGCCCCCCGGAGCUGACAGCAGCCCGGUUCGGGCUGGAGCCGGGGCAGGUGGAUGUCCUGCUGCGGGAGGGCCGGCAGAGGCUGUCCGUAGCCCGCGCACAGCGGCCGCGGCCACACCUGGACACCAAGAUGCUGGCGGCGUGGAACGGGCUCAUGAUCUCAGGCUUUGCCCAGGCUGGGGCAGCCCUGGCCAAGCAGGAGUACGUGAGCCAGGCUGCCCAGGCAGCUGCCUUCCUGCGGAGAUACCUUUUCGACCCCACCAGUGGGAGGUUGCUGCGGAGCUGCUACCGGGGCAAAGACAACACAGUGGAGCAGAGUGUCGUGCCCAUCCAGGGCUUCCUGGAGGAUUAUGUCUUCAUCAUCCAGGCUCUCUUUGACCUGUAUGAAGCCUCACUGGAGCAGGGCUGGCUGCAGUGGGCUCUGCAGCUCCAGCACAUGCAGGACAAGCUUUUCUGGGACCCUAAAGGCUUUGCAUAUUUCUCCACUGAGGCUGGUGAUUCCUCUCUGCUCCUGCGCCUGAAGGAUGACCAAGAUGGAGCAGAGCCCACUGCUAACUCUGUGGCAGUGACAAACCUGCUCCGAGCAGCUUGUUACUCCGGCCGCAAGGAGUGGGUGGACAAAGCUGGGCAGAUCUUGGCUGCCUUCUCAGAGAGGCUGCGGAAGAUCCCAAUAACACUGCCAGAAAUGGCCCGGGCCACCUCCGCCUUCCAUCACACCCCCAAACAGGUCAUUAUCUGUGGGGACCCCCAAGGAGAAGACACGAAAGAGAUGCUGCGCUGUGUCCAGUCCAUCUUCAGCCCACACAAGGUGCUGAUGCUAGCAGAUGGAGACACCACUGGGUUCCUCUACUGCCAGUUGCCUUUCCUUGCGUCCCUGGAGAGGAAGGAUGGGAAAGCCACCGCUUACCUCUGCAGCAACUUCACCUGCUCACUGCCUGUCACCUCUACCCAGGAGCUGCGUGGGAUGCUCUGCCUGUGAGCCCUUUGGCCCCUCUACCUGCAGGAAGACAAGGGGGACAGAGACUGUCAUGUCAGCCUGCAAGCACAGGAGAAACCUGUAAUAAAGCCGCUCUGGGCAUCAGCUGCAUCUCAGAUGGUUCCUGGCAGCAGGCUCUGAAGGCACCGCUGCUCUGGCGGCAUCUGCACAGCACCAGCUCUGGUCCACAGUGCAUGCACUUCCGGGAGACACCCAUCGAGGAGCAUCCCCUCUCCCUGCAUAUGAGCUUUCUCCUCACCUCUUCUUGAUGAGGGAAAAGAAAACAAAUAUAAAUCCCAGUGCUGAUGGAGGAGUCAGAUGGGAAAAUAAAUAGGGUUCCUAUAGCAACCCAGCAUAACAGCCAAAAGCACCUGGGUGACUGGGGAGUGCAGUGCUUGGGGAGGUGCUACCAGUUAUGACAGCCAGAGUGUUUUUGUGUUACAGGGUAUCUUGUAGCAUACAUGAAGUUAAUCUAUAGUGCAUACAAAAAUCCCUGCUGAUUACCACAGGUGGUGAAAACAUGCCACAGGACUCAGCCUAAGCGCUUCCAAACAGCUAAACCUUUCAUCUUGGCUUUGCCAAGGGUGCAGAGACCUGGUGCUGCUUGUGUGAGCACUUUUCAAAGUUAGUUCUCCCUGCAAAAAGUCAGUGCCUGUGCCCAUGGUGGGGCAGGAUGGGGCUCACAGGGAUGCACAGCUGGAGCUUGCAGGGGCAGGUAGGUGGUGAGGUAGGUUGGCUGCGCCUGUGGUUUUGAGCUGAGUGCUCUGAGGGCAAGCUGCUGGGUCAGGAUUAAGGCUGUCCCCUGCCUUUGCUUGCAAAAAGUUUCAAUAACAGCACAAGGAAUCAGCAUUUGAGACAUGCUUGCUCUGAACAUUCCUGGCAAAGCCUGGGCUGGACCAAGGGUCUCACCAG